CUUGGACUGCCCUGUGCAGCUCUUCCGCCUUUCAGAUGUUGGCAAGGGUGGAGUCUCACCUAGCUGAUGGAUUAACCUGUUUCUGAGAUUAUUCUCUUGGCAACAUCACGUCUGAUGAAGGACAUGGCCUCCGUUUCCUACAUCCUACGAGCCUGGAUUUUGCUUUCCCUUCAUGGCUGCAUCACAGGUUAUCCUAAGCAAGCAAAUUCUGUGCCAGAAGACACAAGAAACUGUACAAUUAACCCACCGUACUUGCCUCCCACGGUGACUAAGACGGGCGAGCGGCUGCAGACCCUACGUGGCCUCAUGAAGUCCCACAGCCUCGCAGCCUAUAUUGUCCCUACCACAGAUGCACACUUGAGUGAAUACAUCGCAGAACGGGACAAGAGGCUCACUUGGAUGUCAGGCUUUUCAGGUUCAGCAGGGACUGGCGUGAUCACCCUACAGAAAGCCGCUCUCUUCACGGACAGCCGCUACUGGAUCCAAGCCGAGCGCGAGAUGGACUGCAACUGGGAGCUGCAGAAAUCAGUGUGGAUUAACUCUAUUGGAGAAUGGAUACUCAAUGAAGUUCCUGAGGGGGAAAUCAUUGGACUGGAUCCCUUCCUCUUUUCUAUUGAUGUUUGGGACAACUAUCAACAUAUCGUGGAAGGUGCAAAUAGGACCUUGGUUCCCCUUGAAGAAAACCUGGUAGACCUCGUGUGGGGCACCCAGCGGCCGUCUCCGCCCACCAACACAAUCUAUCACCUCUCAGACAGCUUAACUGGAAGUACAUGGCAAGAGAAGGUUGCCAGUAUCCGGAGGCAGAUGGAAAAACAUAGCAGGAAGCCCACAGCAGUCUUACUGUCUGGUCUUGAGGAGACAGCGUGGCUCUUCAAUCUUCGAGGAGAUGACAUUCCUUACACCCCCGUCUUCUACGCUUAUACUCUUCUCACCAAGACAAAUAUCAGCCUGUUUGUGAACCAGAGUCGCCUGAGCAACGGAGUAUUCCAGAUGUUGACAGCAGGAUGCCCAGGAUCUCUGUGUGUGAAGGUGGAAGACUUUGGCCAGAUAGGUGCCAGCCUGAGAAAAUAUGUCCAGCAGGAUGGGGUGAUCGUCUGGAUCGGAACCGAGUAUACAACUCUGGGGCUUUAUAAGGAGAUCCCCCAAGAAAAGCUCUUGGAAGACAAUUUCUCCCCCGUAAUGCUCUCCAAGGCUGUCAAAAACUCCAAGGAGCAGAAGCUGAUGGAAGCAGCUCAUAUACGAGAUGCCGUGGCACUGAUCCGGUAUUUGGUUUGGCUGGAAAAGAACGUGCCCAAGAACUCUGUGGAUGAGGUGUCCGGUGCACAUUACCUGGACACAUUACGCAGGGAAGAGCUGCACUGCAAGGGGCCCAGCUUUCAGACCAUCUCAGCUAGUGGCUUGAAUGCCGCACUGGCUCACUACAGCCCAUCCAGUCUUACCUCUCGAAAGCUGUCUCAGAAUGAAAUGUACCUGGUGGAUUCUGGGGGCCAGUAUUUAGAUGGAACAACAGACAUCACCCGGACCAUCCACUGGGGGGAGCCCACAGCUUUUCAGAAGGAAGCCUACACACGAGUGCUGAUGGGGAAUAUUGACUUGUGCAGGCUUGUCUUUCCACCCAGAGUUUCAGGAAGAAUGGUGGAAGCUGUUGCUCGCCUUCCCUUGUGGAAAGCUGGGCUGAACUAUGGCCACGGCACUGGCCACGGCAUUGGCAACUUCUUGUCUGUUCAUGAGUGGCCUGUAGGGUUCCAGUCCAACAAUGUUCCUUUGGAUAAGGGGAUGUUCACCUCCAUAGAGCCUGGUUAUUACCAUGAUGGGGCAUUUGGAAUUCGUCUUGAGGAUGUUGCACUUGUGGUGCAAGCUGAGACCCAGUAUCAAGUGCACAAAGAGCCCUACCUGACGUUCAAGGUGGUGUCCCUGGUGCCCUAUGCCCGGAACCUCAUUAAUGAGAGUCUCCUCUCCCAGGAUCAGAUCCAGUACCUCAAUAAGUACUAUGAGACCAUCCAUCAGAUCAUUGGACCUGAGCUGCAGAGACGUCAGCUGAAGGAGGAAUACCAGUGGCUGGAGCAGAACACACAGCCUUUUUCUCAUGCCUCGCUGCUGGCAGCUUCUCUAGGCACCUUGGCAGUGAGCACACUGGCCUCUACCAUUCUGCCAGCAGCACAACAUUGAUCUGGGAGUACCCCACAACCUCCUGCUCCUCUUUGCCAUAUGACUCUACUCUCAUUGUGUGGUCCACCUCAACCCAUAUCUCACAGGCUUCCAUUUUAGGCCUCUAAACAUCACUAUCAAGCCUUCUUCCCACCACAGCUGGGAUCACCACAGUCUCCUGCAUCCGUUUCCAGGCCAGGAAUGAUAUAAAUACAUUCUCUCUUUCUCUCCUGGACCAAGCCUUGGUAGCCAAGGUAGAGCAGAGGCUGAAAGAAGGAAGGGGAGAGGGUAUAAUCUUAAGGUUCACAAAGUUGAGGUCUAGCACAUCUGGAGGGCAGUAGGUUGGGGAAGGCUGACUCAGAGGACUAAUCAUUACUUGGUGCACAUACUAAGAAGAUAUAAAGAGACAAUGGCACGUCUGUCUGGUAUCACACAGUGCUUCCACUCAAACGUGGACCUGCUACAUUCACAUGCAUGGGCAGUGAUCAUCUAGUCCUAUUGACAGGAGACCAUCUGUCAUUCAGGAGGAAAUUGCCAUUGAUAGUCCAUUCCUCUGUGAACUGAUCUGGUCCUCUUUUAAAACCAGCCAGUUAGGCACUUCUAAUAAAGUAAUAUCUCAAGAAUUUAA